AUGAAUAAAUCGAGACCGCUUUUAACGAUACAAAUCAUAACUGAGUAUUUCAUCGGUCAAGAAGCAUUUUUCUAUUUGAUUCUGAUGUACACGAGCAUAGCUAUUUGCAUACUAGCGACUGUGGAAAUAGCGACGGGAACGAUGCUAAUAGGAUACUACAAACAUGUCUGCGCAAUGUUUAAAAUCGCCAGUUACCGUAUCGAGCAGGCGAUGAAGACUAACGUUCAACAACAUAUUGGUCUGAGGAAAGAAAUUAUGAUUCGUAUGAUAGGGAAGAUUAUCCACGCUGUGGACAUUCAUCGCAAAGCUAUGAAGUCCUCCAAAUAUUUACUAACCAAUUUUGAAGGAUCGUUCUUCGUUUUAAUCAUCUUCGGUGUGAUAAGUCUGAGCUUAAAUCUAUUUCGUCUGGAAUCUACAUCAAUACGAACAUGA